UUAUGAAGAGAAAGCUUUAUUUUGUAUUCUUUUAUAAAGGUUGUAUUUAAAAAAUUAAGACACAUAAUUAAACGACUAAAAAAAUGCGUAUUUUAUGUGCAAAAGUGUCAAAUAAAAAAAUUUCGGUUUUGUUAAUAGCAAGUAUUUUUUUAAUGAGUAUUUUAAUUUAUGGAACAAUAUUAAAAAAUAGAUUUUCGUUUAUAUCUGUAGACAAGGAUGACGAGAAUCCCAGCACGACCUUAAAUACAAUCAAUCUUGCAAAAGAAUCGGAAAUACUUUCACAUAUAAUUUUUGAUUCUGUUGAAACGGACUUGGAGUUAACUUACACAGCAAUCAUUGUUAUUUCUUCUCAUGUGAAUAACAGAAACAGAAGAAAUUUGAUUCGAGAAACUUGGGGAAGUAUAUUUAGUUGGAUUACUAAUGAAAAGUAUUUAAUAGUGUUUGUUGUUGCCAGAACGACAAACGCAAAAGCAAUGAUAGAAAUAGCACAUGAAGCAAAAAUACGAAGGGAUAUUUUGUAUUUAGAUAUAUUUGAAGAUUUUUAUCUUUUGACUAAGAAAGUUAUCAUUGCGCUAACUUGGGCAAAGAACAAAGUAAGUUUUGAAGCCCUUUUGAAAGGUGAUGACGAUACAUAUAUGCACCUGGAUAACAUGAUAAACUUUGUUAAAAAUAUUUCUGUAACAGACGGAUACUUUGGAAAUAAAAUAAUCAAUGCGUAUGUACAAAGAGAAGGAAAAUACCAAGUUUCUAAGGAAGAACUCCAAAAAGAUUUAUAUAACCCCUACUGCUCUGGUGGAGGAUUUAUAUUAACUAACUCUAGUGUUUAUAAAAUGACAUCAUUAUUUGAUUUAAACAAAAUAUUUCGAAUAGAUGAUGCUUUUAUUGGGGAAAUUGCAUUUCAAGCAGUGAAACCUAGAAGAGAAGAUAAUAUACUAAUUUCAAUUUGAAAAACGGACAGCAAACGUACCCGUGCAUUGCAGAAUUUGAUUGGAAGGCAAGAGUCUUCUUUCUAACUAAUGAAAAAUAUAUGGAAAAAUUAUUAUAAACAGGUGAUUUUGGUAACUUUUUUCCAUUUGUACAAGAAAUUACUUACAAUAACCUUGAACCUAAAGAACAUAUACAAAUAUUAUUACAUAACGCAAAAGUCAGCUACUGCGUCAACGGUGUUAGACUUUAGUCUUAAAUAUCAAAAUGAAUUUUUUUGAUAUUAUUAAAAGACAAGAGCAGCUAACUAAUAAAAUCAAAGCACAAAUUACCUAUCAAUUUUACCAGAAAAGGAAUAAGUGCAAACCAAGAAGUGUAUGCACGUGCACCUUUAUCAUCAUGCAGCAUAAGAAUACUCUGGUCAUACCAUUCAUAGCAGUUGUAUUCAAGAUUAUUAAAAAAUGUACUUGAAAAUGUAAUUGAAAAGAAACUACCUUGUUUCUGUAU